GCGUGACGUAGCACCGUGCGGCCGUGAUGACGCAAGGCGUACGCUCGGUGGCUCCUCGGGGAAGAUGGCGGCUGCAUCUUUGAAGGAGAGGAAUUGAGAGUGGGGAGAAGGGAAGAGUACCAGGCGGGAGAGACAUUCCCUGCGGCGCCGAAGGACACCGCGCUCGCGGUUAGGCGCCCAUUCCGGCCCCCCACGUGGCCUAGUAGGAAAACAUCGCCAUGGCUACAGAAAUUGGCUCUCCUCCACGAUUUUUCCACAUGCCGAGGUUUCAACACCAGGCACCCCGACAGCUAUUUUAUAAGCGGCCUGAUUUUGCACAGCAGCAAGCAAUGCAGCAGCUUACCUUUGAUGGAAAACGAAUGAGAAAAGCUGUAAACCGAAAAACCAUAGACUAUAACCCAUCUGUAAUUAAGUAUUUGGAGAAUAGGAUAUGGCAAAGAGAUCAGAGAGAUAUGCGGGCCAUUCAGCCGGAUGCAGGUUAUUAUAAUGAUCUGGUUCCACCUAUAGGAAUGUUGAAUAAUCCUAUGAAUGCAGUCACAACAAAAUUUGUUAGAACAUCAACAAACAAAGUAAAAUGCCCAGUAUUUGUUGUGAGGUGGACUCCAGAAGGAAGACGAUUGGUCACUGGAGCUUCUAGUGGAGAGUUCACCUUGUGGAAUGGGCUGACUUUCAACUUUGAAACCAUAUUGCAGGCUCAUGAUAGCCCUGUGAGGGCCAUGACUUGGUCACAUAAUGACAUGUGGAUGUUGACAGCAGAUCAUGGAGGAUAUGUGAAAUAUUGGCAAUCCAACAUGAACAACGUCAAGAUGUUCCAGGCACAUAAGGAGGCGAUUAGAGAGGCCAGUUUCUCACCCACGGAUAAUAAAUUUGCUACAUGCUCUGAUGACGGCACUGUUAGAAUCUGGGAUUUUCUUCGUUGCCAUGAGGAAAGAAUUCUCCGAGGUCACGGUGCUGAUGUGAAGUGUGUAGACUGGCAUCCAACCAAAGGGUUAGUCGUUUCAGGAAGUAAAGAUAGCCAACAGCCUAUCAAGUUCUGGGAUCCCAAGACUGGGCAGAGUCUUGCAACACUUCACGCCCAUAAGAACACCGUGAUGGAAGUGAAGUUAAACCUCAAUGGCAAUUGGCUCCUGACAGCAUCACGUGACCAUCUCUGUAAACUUUUUGAUAUCCGAAACCUGAAAGAAGAGCUUCAAGUGUUCCGAGGUCAUAAGAAGGAAGCCACAGCUGUAGCCUGGCAUCCUGUUCACGAAGGGCUUUUUGCCAGUGGAGGGUCUGAUGGUUCUUUGUUAUUCUGGCAUGUUGGGGUAGAGAAGGAAGUAGGUGGGAUGGAGAUGGCCCAUGAAGGAAUGAUCUGGAGUUUGGCUUGGCACCCUCUGGGACAUAUUCUCUGCUCAGGCUCAAAUGACCAUACCAGCAAAUUCUGGACUCGAAACCGACCAGGUGAUAAAAUGCGAGAUCGAUAUAAUCUGAACCUUUUACCUGGCAUGUCUGAAGAUGGAGUAGAGUAUGAUGACCUGGAACCUAAUAGUCUGGCAGUGAUCCCGGGGAUGGGAAUACCAGAACAACUGAAAUUAGCUAUGGAGCAAGAACAGAUGGGAAAAGAUGAAUCGAAUGAAAUUGAAAUGACAAUUCCAGGCUUGGAUUGGGGAAUGGAGGAAGUGAUGCAAAAGGAUCAGAAAAAAGUUCCUCAGAAGAAAGUUCCUUAUGCAAAGCCCAUUCCUGCUCAGUUUCAGCAGGCCUGGAUGCAAAAUAAAGUUCCAAUUCCUGCUCCAAAUGAAGUACUGAAUGACAGGAAAGAGGAUAUCAAAUUGGAAGAAAAGAAAAAAACACAAGCAGAAAUUGAGCAAGAAAUGGCCACAUUGCAAUAUACCAACCCACAGCUUUUAGAGCAACUUAAAAUUGAAAGGCUUGCACAGAAGCAGGCUGAUCAGAUCCAGCCUCCGCCCUCGUCUGGUACCCCUCUCCUCGGACCUCAGGCCUUUUCUGGACAAGGUCCAAUAUCUCAGAUUCCUCAAGGUUUUCAGCAGCCUCAUCCAUCUCAGCAGAUGCCAUUGGUGGCUCAAAUGGGGCCCCCGGGUCCACAGGGCCAGUUCAGAGCCCCUGGACCCCAGGGACAAAUGGGACCACAAGGUCCCCCAUUGCAUCAAGGAGGUGGGGGACCACAAGGAUUCAUGGGACCACAAGGACCCCAGGGCCCUCCCCAGGGACUGCCACGGCCUCAAGACAUGCAUGGUCCCCAAGGAAUGCAGAGGCACCCUGGACCUCAUGGCCCUUUGGGUCCUCAAGGGCCACCUGGACCUCAAGGUAGUUCUGGUCCUCAAGGUCAUAUGGGUCCUCAGGGUCCACCUGGACCACAGGGUCACAUUGGUCCCCAAGGUCCACCUGCUCCUCAGGGCCACAUGGGUCCACAGGGGCCUCCUGGUACUCAAGGAAUGCAGGGACCACCUGGUCCCAGAGGAAUGCAAGGACCUCCUCAUCCUCAUGGGAUACAGGGUGGGCCAGGGUCUCAAGGAAUCCAAGGUCCAGUGUCUCAGGGACCUCUGAUGGGACUGAAUCCAAGAGGAAUGCAGGGACCUCCAGGACCUCGGGAGAAUCAGGGUCCUGCUCCUCAAGGGAUGAUGAUCGGCCACCCACCUCAAGAGAUGAGAGGACCUCAUCCUCCAAGUGGAUUGCUGGGACAUGGCCCUCAGGAAAUGAGAGGUCCCCAGGAGAUGCGGGGCCUACAGGGACCUCCACCACAGGGAUCCAUGUUGGGCCCUCCCCAGGAACUUCGAGGGCCCUCAGGUUCACAAGGGCAACAGGGGCCACCCCAGGGCUCUUUGGGACCUCCACCCCAGGGUGGCAUGCAAGGACCCCCUGGACCUCAGGGACAGCAGAACCCGGCAAGAGGGCCACAUCCAUCUCAAGGACCAAUACCAUUCCAGCAGCAGAAAACACCUUUGCUAGGUGAUGGGCCCCGGGCCCCCUUCAAUCAGGAAGGACAAAGUGCAGGUCCCCCACCCUUGAUACCAGGCCUAGGGCAGCAGGGAGCACAAGGCCGCAUCCCUCCUCUGAACCCUGGACAAGGACCUGGCCCUAACAAAGGUGACUCUCGAGGCCCUCCCAACCAUCACCUGGGCCCUAUGUCAGAGAGGCGGCAUGAGCAGAGCAGUGGCCCUGAGCACGGGCCCGACAGGGGGCCUUUCCGGGGUGGCCAGGACUGCAGGGGUCCUCCUGACAGGCGUGGCUCUCACCCUGAUUUCCCUGACGACUUCAGCAGACCAGAUGACUUCCACCCUGACAAGCGUUUUGGCCACCGGUUAAGGGAAUUUGAGGGGCGAGGAGGACCCUUACCACAAGAAGAGAAGUGGAGGCGAGGGGGACCUGGACCUCCCUUUCCACCUGACCACAGGGAAUUUAGUGAGGGGGAUGGCCGGGGUGCAGCCCGAGGCCCUCCAGGGGCAUGGGAAGGCCGCAGACCUGGAGAUGAACGCUUCUCCCGGGAUCCCGACGACCCACGUUUUCGGGGGCGCAGAGAAGAAAGCUUUAGAAGAGGAGCCCCACCAAGACAUGAAGGCCGUGCUCCCCCAAGAGGAAGGGACAACUUUCCUGGUCCUGAUGACUUUGGUCCAGAAGAGGUUUUUGAUGCUGCUGAUGAAGCAGCCCGAGGCCGAGAUAUCCGAGGGCGAGGCCGGGCCACCCCACGAGGGGGAUCCAGGAAGUGCCUACUCCCUACUCCUGACGAGUUCCCUCGCUUUGAAGGAGGACGGAAGCCAGACUCCUGGGAUGGCAACCGAGAGCCUGGACCAGGUCAUGAACAUUUUCGUGAUGCUUCCCGCCCUGACCACCCACCUCAUGAUGGCCAUUCACCAGCUAGCAGAGAACGCUCCUCUUCUCUCCAAGGCAUGGACAUGGCCUCCCUACCACCCCGGAAGCGCCCCUGGCAUGAUGGGUCGGGCUCUUCUGAACACAGAGAGCUGGAGGCCCAAGGAGGCCCCUCGGAGGACCGAGGAAGCAAAGGCCGAGCAGGCCCAGGACCUUCCCAGAGAGUUCCAAAAUCCGGGCGUUCCAGCUCUUUGGAUGGAGACCAUCAUGAUGGAUACCACAGAGAUGAGCCUUUUGGUGGCCCUCCAGGCAGCAGUUCAUCCUCUCGAGCGGGCCGGAGUGGCAGUAACUGGGGUAGAGGGAGUAACAUGAACUCUGGCCCUCCAAGGCGAGGCACUUCAAGGGGUGGUGGGAGGGGACGGUAGAAGUAGGGGCCAAGUAGCCCUGGGCCUCUCUGGAUAGUAUUUAAGAAGUUCUUGUGGACUUACCAAGUGAAGAGAAAAGAAGCCUUUACCACUGUAGCCCUGAGCUCUUCUUCUGGGGCAGCUGAGUUCUAGGAUCCCAAUGAGGUUUCCACGAUGAAGAGACUGCUGCCACUACCUAGGGUAGUUGGCCCUGUUUUGUCUUGUCCACCCUUGUUGCCCUAACUCUGCCAUGUUGUUUGUGAAGAUAAAAGCUGGAAUCUCCCCUUUUUUUUAUGUCGUAAGAAAUGGAGCACCUCCACAAAGUUGAGUUCAUGUCCAAUUGGAAAUUUAUUUCUAUAUGUACAGUUUGUCAGAGAAAAAAAAAACUUGUUUUGUAUGAAUACAGAAUGUGAUUUACUCAAGAAACAGAAACAACCGGCUGUGUAGUGCUUGCCUUAAAGAACUCUCGUUUCUCCUGCAUCUGACCUGCCGGGUGCAGUUCCUGCUGUUACUGACAGCAGGCGAAGUCCAUGUCAACUCUGCUUUUCCAAUAAGUCUUACCUUCCUUCCUGGUUCACACUGUCUCCGUUAUGCGGAAAGGAAUGUUUAAAGUUGCUCUAACAUAGUUCAAGCAGACUAAAAACUUCACAAGAUUACACUGGAAGAAAAAGCUGAACCUAGAGGCUCUUGGACACAUCUCCUAGCAGUUUAGGUUUGCGUGGACUUGUCUUCGUUGGGAAAGAAAGCUGGUGUAAACUGGUGCUAACUACAGGUGUCUUAGAGUUAACCCACACACUUCAAAGGAAGUGGAACAAAGUAUAUUUUGGAAAUAGUCUCCUUUUCCACAUUUGCUUUAUGGUGGCUUCAGGGUUUGGGGUAGAAGACCGAGUGUGCCAGAAAGUUCUUUACCAUGACAGAUAUCUUGUUUCAAAAAAACAACACACCUUUAAUCCCAGCACUUGGGAGGCAGAUCUCUGUAAAUUCAAAACCUGCCUGGUCUGUGGAGAGAGUUCCAGGACAGUCAGGGCCACACAGUCUCAAAACAACCCCUCCCAUAAAUAAACAAACAAAAUUGAGUGUGGAGGCAAAGGCAGGGCAGUCUCUGAGCUCCAGGUCAGCUUGGUCUACAGAGAAAAUUCUAUGAUUCAGGGCUACAUAGAAAACCUAUCUGGAAAAACCACCCUCCCCCAAAGAAAAACAAAACAACAACCAAGUUAGGACCUGGAGAGAUGGCUUAGCAUUUAAGUGUACAUACAGGGACUGGAAUUCAGUUCCCAGAACCUACCAUCAGGCAUCUCACAACUACCUUCUAACUCCAGCCACACAUAUACACACACACCUACCUACCUACCUUCCAGAAAAGGAGAGGAAUCUGGCUGAAUUUCAAAAUUUCAGUUUGAGAUAACCUUUUCUAUGCUGGCUUUUUUCUUUCUUUACUUUUUUUUUUUUUUAAAAAAGCCUGUUUCUUGUAACUUUUUUUUUUUAACCUGCAUUUAUAUCUGUGCAUCAGUUGUGUGGCUGGUGUCUUUGGAGAUCGGAAGAGAGUAUUAGAUCCCUGGAACUGGAGUUAGCACCGAGUGGGUACUGGGAAUUGAACCCAUGUUCUCCUCCGGAGCAGCCGGUACUCAACCACUGAGCUGUCUCUUCACUGGUUUUUCUAAGAAAGCUUUUAUUAAAAAGGUCAGGCCUGGAGCUGCUAACAUUUCAUUACAUUAGCAGCUUUUGGGCACACGAAGACAGUUUACUUGGCAAGUUGAAAAGAGAUGCCAUAGUUGGACAAGUAUACAGAAAUCUUCCCUGGCUCUCUCUGGGUAUGAAGUGAAGAAAUGAUUAUUUGGGUGUCAGAACCUGAAGAUUUCAAGCAAACAAUUUUCUUUUUACUUCAAAAAUAAAAGUGUCAGCACCCACACUAUUAGAAGCUGUGUCCCUCCUCACCUGUAUUCCCCAGCAUAACAUCAAACAACUCACAGUCAAGUUCCACGAUGCUACACAGGGAUUCAUAAACACCCAGGUCACAUUGUGAGGAUGAAUUCAUUUAUAAACACAGCCCUCUAUAUUAUACAUAAACAUUUACAAACAGCAUUUUAAAUACUGUCAAAAUAUAAGAUGUUGUGCUUUGAGCUUUAUAAAACUUAUUUCAAGUAAUGAAUUUUUGAGAAAAUUUUAAUACUUUGAAUAUAGUAACAAAAACUGUGUACAUUACCACUGAAAAGAGCAUUUCCUUUCUUAAGAGUGCUCCUUGUCUGCCUGGGGAGCACUAGAGAGAAUGGGCUAUGAGCCAGGAUGGAAUCACUUUGCUACUGCUUUUCCUGUUAGGGCAACAUUGGGGCAGCCUGGAAAACAAUUACUUUCACAUUGUAACCAGCCAGUGCGCAGAUGUGGUUCUCAACUUAGCCAAACAUGAAAGCAUCUGGGCAUAUAUAUUAAUUAAUGUCUGGACCCAUCCCCAGUAAUAGUAAUGAACUGACAAAAUGUGGCUUCUUUUGAUGUGAGAACCAUUGGUAAAAUUAUAAGCUUCUAAAUACACUUUACUUUUUAGUGUAUCAAGACUCCAUACUGAAUCCAGUUUUUGGUAAUAAAUGAUGACAGAUUUAAAUGCUGUUUGGCUGCAGCACAACAAAAACAAUUAUGAAUGAACAGCACUUUACAGUGCAUCAGUAUCAAAUUGUAUAGUACUUGAAAAAGCAGCAAUACUGUUAGGAAUAGUGAACAAUUAGGAACAGCAAAACCUCUCGCUUACAUCAAACCCAACAACUGCAGAUGUAAGCUUUUCCUUGUCUCCCAGAACCCUUAAGCCCAGUUCUGCGGAAACCUGCAAACUUAACCACGCAUCAUCCUGGAUAUCUGGCUUCUUGAUUCAGAAAAUUGUUCUUUGGUGUAUUGCUUUUACGAUUAAUUUUCCUUAAAUAUUAUAAAGCACCAUAUUUACUCUUCACUGAAGAAAAAACUGAGGUACAAUGUAUUAACUAAUCACUAUUUUAAAUCCAGUGGCUAAAUUUAGUGUUUAAUUUGAUAAUCUGGGUUGAUUUACAGUGAAUAGGAAUACGGAGGCUUCAAAAAGUGGCGACAAAAACCGAACCUGUAUGCUCAAUUGCAUAUACCACUGCAUUCCUUUUUUUAAAAAAGAGAGGGGCAGUUCUUCCAAAGCCAUGAAAGCAGCCAAGUCAGCCGUCCCCAUAACUGACGUCCAUGUAAAGCCAGUUCGAAAGCAGUUCA